AUGAUUUCCACACGAGCAAAAUCACUCCUCGCUGCAAUAGCACUGUUUAAUGUGUCCUUAGCAUUUUGGAAUGGCGCAAAGACGUUGGUAUCCCGAGACAAAAAAGAACCUUAUUCAUACAUCGGAGCCGAUUUUCCAUUUGUUCACCCAUCGCUUCCUAUAUCCUAUGCUUCCUUGACGUACCAGGAGAGCAUUUGGCCAAGGUUCAACUCCACGGACAAAAAUGAAGCAGCGUUCUGGCGUACUCUGACCGACCAGCCAAAGGGAAUGGGGAGGAUACACCUAGGAGAGCAUAAACGGGCUCUCCUGUUUACAUUCUACCAUCAGUUUCACUGCAUCUUUCAACUCCAGCGCGCUCUUCAAGACAGGACUGACGCGAUCGCAACGCUGGAACACGUUAAUCAUUGCUUCCAAUAUUUGCGUCAAACGUUGCUCUGUUCGGCUUCAGAUACUUUGGAGAUGGGCGAUUUCAUGAAGCGAAACUUUGAUACGGAUCCAAUUGGACCCGAAUCAGUGUGUAUCAACUGGGAGAUAGUGUUUGGUGACAUCGAUCAGCGCUGGGAUGACUCCAGGCAGUGGUUGGAAUUAUGGAAUUGA